UACAGUAUUCUGGUCGUACAUCUGAUCGUACGGUUGCAUAUUCGAGAAAUUAGAUGUAAAUUGUUAUCUCCGCUCUAGUCUUUGUGCUCUGAAGGUUUUAGGACUCCCUUCAUCCACUGAAACAUCACAUCGCUGCUGCACUGAUGCUUUCACGGCGCCUGGAAUAAAGACACUGCAUCAUUUCCCUUCCGCGAGCGCACAAUGAAUGAAUGAAGAGGCAAGUGAUGCUGUGCUCUGCCAGCUCGGGGUAACGCAUAACAGCGUUUGUUCUGUAUUUGUCCGCUUACAAUAACGAACUUGGCGUGGCGUUAAGAUGUUUCCGUCGUGCUAUUCCAAGCCCAAAAAUGGGUCUCAAUUCAAGAUGUCUUACACUAAAGUGAUUUUUGGGGUGUUGGUGGUGUAUGUCCUCCAUACGUGCUGGGCCAUGUACGGCUUCAUUCACACCAAACCCUGUGACAGCGCUAAAGGGGACAUCUGCGUUACAUCUUACCUUACUGUCAAGCCUCGACUUCAGCUCAGUAUCUAUUCCGCUCUGGACCCCAGUGAUGAAACUGGAUACAGCCUACUGUUCAAAGUGGACAGAUUUGACAUUAACACCAAGUUUGAAAGGAAGGUGAGUGUCGCAGUUCCUGAGAUGACCCAUAACAAUGGGACGGUCCAUGCCGUAGUGUUUGUGCACAAGAGUGGAGUUUUGCCUUGGAAAGACAGUAGACAUGUGCGGCUUGUGGCCCGUCUCACCUCUCAAAUGGUCCCUCUUCAGUCUGGCAACCGUGAGGCACCAGAAGAGCAGCAGAUUGUUUCUUACUGGAGAUCACGACUUAUCUUAAAUGUAAUGAAUGAGGAUUUCACCUUCAACAGUGCUGCCGUGCCCAGCGACCUUCGCCGCUAUAUGAAAAUAGUUGAAGAUGGAAAAAAGGAAAAAAAGAAAUUUUAUCUGCCACUGCUACUGGUUGAUGAACUAAGAAGCCGAUUAAAUGAUUUAAUUGAGAUGAACAGCACCACAAAAGCAGUCCCUCUGACAAUAACAUAUGACACCAUUACCUUACGCAAGUUCAGAAUAUGGAUCCACAUACAAGCUGUUAUAUACUCACUCAAACAUUUUGGAUUUUCGGAGCAGAAUCUUGAUGAAAUUAAAGCCAUGUUUGUUGAGAGUGGGCUGCAUGUCUUGGCUUUGUCCGUUCUAGUACCUGCAUUCCAUCUAUCAUUUGAAAUCUUUGCCUUCAAGAAUGACAUAAGGUUCUGGCAAGAAAAGAAGAGUUUAGCUGGCAUUUCUAGAAGAUCUGUUGUGUGGAGAUGUUUCAGCACCAUCGUAAUAUUCCUCCAUCUACUAGAAGAACAAUCCAGCUGGCUGAUUCUACUUCCCACUGGGAUCUCAGCUCUAAUUGAGUUAUGGAAAGUGAAAAAGGUCUUAGCGCUUUCACCCAAAUUUCAUGAUGAAAGAAUGGAUGAUUUCGAGCGAGCAACGGAAGACUGUGAUGCUAAGGCCAUGAAGUUCUUGUCAUAUCUGAUGUAUCCAUUGUGUAUCAGUGGGGCCAUAUACUCAUACUUAUAUCUCCAAAAUAAAAGUUGGUACUCUUGGAUAACCAAUGGCCUUAUUAGUGGUGUUUAUGCAUUUGGAUUUCUUUCAAUGGUUCCUCAGUUGUUCAUCAAUUAUAAGUUAAAAUCAGUGGCUCAUCUGCAGGUGUCCAUCUUUAUGUAUAAGGGCUUGAACACAUUCAUCAGCGAUGUGUUCAGUGGAAUAAUAACCACUCCUGGACCCCAUCACUUGGCGUGCUUCAGAGAUGAUGUGGUCUUCCUCAUCUACCUCUAUCAGCGCAGGAUUUACCCAGUGAGCAAGUCCAGGUCACGUGAUUACGGGGCGUCACACAGGAAGAAACCCAAAGGAAAGCCACAUGAAGACUAACCCUCCACGGCGUCUGUGACAGCUUGCGCUCUCCAUGCAUGCAAUACAGGAGAAACGCUACAAAAAUUGAAGAAGGGCAUUACAGUCACUGAAAAGUUCUCUUUGUGUAUCCUUGUAAUGAGCCUGCCUCCUGCUGCGAAAUCCGACAGAGCUACACUUACAGUACAAUCGUUUCUACUUGAACAAGACAGACCUGAAGAGAUUAGCAGCGCACACCUGCUUUAGAUUAAAUCCGUGUGUAAUAUUCACUCAGGCCGAUCCAACCAACAAUUAGAAAGUGAUGUGAGCUCUGAAGGAAACUACAGCAACACCCACCUGUGCUUUUAUAACCUUUGAAAGAAUGACUGCAAUGGCAAUGCCUAUGAUUACCGCAUCUACACUACUGUUUUCAAACAUUUAGAAAAUCGCCCACUAGUUGUUUUGAACGCAAAAGAACUUUGCACAGAUUUGGAAACACAUUUUGAGUUAGCUGCUUUGCAUUUAUCUUGGUUUUGCAUUUGAACCGCAACGCAGAUAUUUCUGACAUGCUCACCUCUGCUGCGGAUACGAC